ACACAGUAAACGGGUGUCGGCGCGAACGUCGCUGUGCUGUGCUGUGUUGUGAAUGGACAUUAACAGGGAAUGUAAUGUUCUCCUCUCACUGCUUGGUUUCUUCUGUCAUAUUAUUUCUGCAACGGAAGCCGGGUGUUCAUGAGUGACAGAAGUGAUGUGAUGGCAGAGCUGCGAGGUCGGGCAGCCAGGUCAGAGCAGACUGUCUGCUGAGCACUGAACCAAGUGAAUGCAACACGUUAGAGCCUAGUCAGAAUGGAUUUCCCCAAUUGCACUGAAGGAGUAUUUGCCACAAGCAGUGGUGAUUAUGACUCACUGGAGACCACUAAACCUCCUCCCAGUAAGAUCCUGCUUACGCUGACCCUGUCUGUUCUGGCUAUCCUGACUACAUUCUUCAACUGCCUGGUGAUCACAGCUAUCGCAGUAACCCGCAAGUUGCACCACCCGGCCAACUACCUCAUCUGCUCGUUGGCAGUGACUGACCUGCUAGUUGCUGUGCUGGUCAUGCCCUUCAGUAUCAUCUAUAUCCAGAAAGAGAGCUGGGUCAUGGGCCAGGUGGUGUGUACCAUCUGGUUAAGCGUGGAUAUCACCUGUUGCACGUGCUCCAUCCUGCACCUUGCUGCAAUCGCCAUCGACCGUUACAGAGCCAUUACUGAUGCAGUGGAGUACUCUCGCAAACGCACAGGGGCCAGGGCUGGUGCAAUGGUGGCAGUGGUGUGGCUUUUGUCCAUCCUUAUCUCACUUCCUCCUCUACUGUGGCGGCACUACAGCAGAGAUGCAGACCAUGAAGACCAGUGCAUCAUCAUUCACCAUCACAUGGCCUUCACCCUGUACUCCACCCUUGGAGCAUUUUACAUCCCCCUGCUGCUCAUCCUCAUCCUCUACUACAAAAUCUAUCGGGCUGCUCAGACCCUCUAUAUGCGCAGGGAGGCCAGCCGAGCCAGCCGUCACUCAUGCAUGACCAAUGGGAGCAUGAUCCCCUCCUCCUACCCCGCUGGAGAUGGUGACGUUGAUGGGGGGCCACGAAGUCCUGAGCCCAUAAGCCCACCAGAAAAGUCUUUCUCUGAACCCUCAACUGAGGAACCUCCGCGCGAACGGGUACGUGUCUCGGUGAAGGCUUUCCAUUGCAAGUCACGCCGGCAUGAGUCACGUAGUGAAUCACGUCGGAGCCAGUUUUACCAAGGACCACGGAUCUCUGGCUCACGGGAGCGCAAAGCUGCAUCCACAUUGGGGUUGAUAAUAGGGGCUUUUGUCAUCUGUUGGUUGCCAUUUUUUGUCAAGGAGGUGAUUGUCAACACCUGCAGUUCUUGCAGUACUUCAGUGGAGAUGGCUGACUUUCUGACAUGGUUGGGAUACCUCAACUCACUGAUCAACCCCCUCAUUUACACUAUAUUUAAUGAAGACUUCAAAAAAGCCUUUCAAAGACUUGUUAGGUGUAGCCAUUACCUAUGAUGGUUACAAUUACACAUGAUCAUGCCCACAAACGAUCUAACAUAUACAGGGAGAGGACAAACUAAUAGCUUGAGGUUAGAGAAUACUUACUGAAUACUGACUUCAGCGUGGCUGUGAGAGAAUAAUCUCAAAGAGGAAAGGAUUGAUGCCCAUUUCCAGACACUCCACAAGGCACUUCAACAGGCUAAAUGGCACCAGCUCAGCAAUGAGCUUUACGACAAAGUUCCACGUUGACAUCCAAGUCCUGCUAUUAAUAGAACAGCCUGAGAUCUUCUUGAUGUUAAUUGGUGUGUGUGAAGGGACACUGACAUGUUGGUUUUUAGAAAAUGGGCCACCGCUGACCUUUUUGAGAUCUGAGUUCUGAGCAUUAGUGAUCAGCCUCAUUUGAAGGUCUUGAAAUAGCUGACCAUUAUGUCUGUUCCAUCUAAUGACCCCCCUUCUAUGUAGUCCAAGCUGCUGACUGAAAUACAGAACAUAUGUAAAAUACUAUGGCAUACCAAGUUUUGACUUUCUGUGGCCAUGAUGUUAUGGGGGAUGACUGACUGUCACAGUAAUUGGCAACUGAAAUAGUCACUGAAUGUUGUAUGUAUUCAGCCUCAUAAAACAUUCCAACAAUUAUAAAAUAUGUGUAGAUUGUUAAAGCUCCUUGUCAAAUAAUGGUACUGAUGCUGACUUAAUUCAUUUGACAAUCAGAAAAUGGGAAGUUAUUUCUUGCUUUUCAUAAAUUAAACACCUGAACUUAACAUUCCAUGUAUCAAAUGUUAGAAAAUAACUGCUAAUAAUGUCUCAAGUGUGAAGAAAAUGCUUUAUGAUCUAGGACCAAAUCAUGUCAUUAAUAUCACACACUGAGAUGUAAAAAUCAAAAUAAAAAAUGUAUCUAAUUUUUGCCACAAAAAUUAACUUUUGGAGAAGUUUUAAGGUCUUACGGUUGCAGGUUCUAUAGAAUUCUGCCACUUAAAUUGACAUUUUUGCACAUGUCUUUGUGUUUCCUUCAUUUCUUUUAAGUAUUAUUUAUUUGUUUGUCUUGGAGCCAUUAGAUACCCCAUCCCAUCUCACUCCCACACCAUAGCCAGCAUUAGAUUAAUGAAUGUGAGAACCACUGGUGGAGAAAUCCUCAUUACAUUACUCCCACUCAAGUACUUGGAAUAGAUCUACUAUUUCUUUACUGCCUCCAAGAGGGCACAUGCUAUGUUGAUGGAAAUGUUGUGGAUGAGUCAAGUGAGAGGGUGUACUGUAAGCCAGGGAGAUAAUACAUGGUGUGUCAUAUAUUUACAUACAUCUCUGACAGUAUGACCAGUAUUUGUAUACUCUUUCUUUGUCUAUCUGUCUCAGUAAUCAAUAAUAAACAGUCCA